CUGAUUAUUAUUGUUGUGUCGUGUAGAAGAACUACAACCAGGCACUUUCAUCAUCAUCUCCUCUCAUUCUCUGAAGGAGGUGCUUCGUUCUCUACUUCCCGAUCCAUUUCCAUAACCCGACCCGAAUCCAUCCAGAUCCAAUUUCCCACCAUGUACGGAUUCGAAGCUAUGACCUUCAACAUCCAUGGCGGUUACCUUGAAGCAAUCGUCAGAGGUCACCGCUCCGGUUUGUUAACCACCGCUGAUUACAACAAUCUCUGUCAAUGUGAAACCCUUGAUGAUAUCAAGAUGCAUCUCUCUGCUACUGAGUAUGGUCCUUAUCUCCAAAACGAACCAUCUCCAUUGCAUACCACAACAAUUGUGGAGAAAUGUACCCUUAAGCUGGUUGAUGAUUACAAGCACAUGCUAUGCCAAGCUACAGAACCCUUGUCAACAUUUUUAGAAUAUAUCACAUAUGGUCACAUGAUUGACAAUGUUGUUUUGAUUGUUACUGGCACCUUGCAUGAGAGAGAUGUCCAAGAACUUCUAGAAAAAUGCCAUCCACUGGGGAUGUUUGACAGUAUUGCCACUCUGGCAGUUGCUCAGAAUAUGAGGGAGCUUUACAGGCUUGUUCUUGUUGACACUCCUCUGGCUCCAUACUUCUCGGAGUGCAUUACAUCUGAGGACUUGGAUGACAUGAACAUUGAAAUAAUGAGGAACACUCUUUACAAGGCAUACCUUGAAGAUUUUUACAGAUUUUGUCAGAAACUUGGUGGUGCUACUGCUGAGAUAAUGUCCGACCUUCUAGCUUUUGAGGCUGAUAGAAGGGCUGUUAAUAUUACCAUCAAUAGCAUUGGUACUGAGCUUACUAGAGAUGACCGUAGGAAAUUGUACUCCAACUUCGGUUUGUUCUAUCCAUAUGGUCAUGAGGAACUUGCUGUCUGUGAGGACAUUGAUCAGGUUCGUGCUGUCAUGGAAAAAUACCCUCCUUAUCAAUCUAUCUUUGCGAAGUUAUCGUAUGGAGAGAGCCAGAUGCUUGACAAGGCAUUCUAUGAGGAAGAGGUCAAGAGGCAUUGCUUAGCAUUUGAGCAACAGUUUCACUAUGCUGUUUUCUUCGCAUAUAUGAGGUUAAGGGAGCAGGAGAUCAGAAAUCUUAUGUGGAUUUCAGAAUGUGUGGCUCAGAAUCAAAAGUCGAGAGUUCAUGACAGUGUUGUCUUCAUAUUUUAGUCUGAUUACUCAUUGUUAUAGCUUGUAUGUUCGUUUGGACUAAUUGUUGUGUCUGCAUUCUACACCCGAGUUGCGGAUUAUUAGAGACUAGAGAAGAUUGUGAUACAAAUAAGUAAAAUCUUCUGUAAUAUAGAUGGGAGAUCUUUUGUCAAAUUUGAUUAAGUUAUGUUCAGAUUUAAAAACACUUAUAUUGAAUUUGUAUGUUGUGAAUUGUGAUAAUAAAUUUUCUUAUGAAAUAAACUUUGAUAGAUUUGUUCA